UAAGUUAAUUUGAUUCUAGUUCAAUUCCAGGAUGAAGUGGUGCAAGCUAUGGAGAAAGUGUGCAGCAUCCUGCCCUCUACCCUUUCUGCUCAGUGUAAGCACCUGAUUGAUACUUAUGGCCAGGUGAUCAUUGAGCUACUGAUCCAGGAAGCUGAUCCCAAGACUGUCUACAGCCUUCUGGGCCUGUGCAGGGAUACAAGUCGCACCUUCGUCCCAGUGAUGGUAAAGGCUGAGAACGAGCGUGCUGGAUUGUGUGGAAUAUGCAAGUGUGAACAAUUCACUGAGCAGCAUGAGGCUCUCCUCAUCCACCUACUGCAGCAGGCCCUUGACCCUGAAUUUGUCUGCAUGAAGCUGGGUGCAUGUCCUGGGGUGCUACGGAUGCUGUUGGGUGUUGAGCAGUGCAGCUGGGGCCCAGCCUACUGGUGCAAGAACAUGUAUACUGCCACCCGCUGUAAUGCGGUGAAUCACUGCAGACGCCUUGUUUGGAGUUAAAGACGAGUGGAGUGCACAGACUGACUCGAGGAGCUAAAGGAGAAUUUCUGUAGCGCUGUGUCUCUGUUUUACAAAAAUCAACCCUUCCUCUUUUAUUUUAGAAAUUUAAAACAGUGCUUUCAAAACUAAUUAAGCAAUUUAGCCAUCUGUGGCUUAGUGGUUAGCAUGUUCGCCUCACACCUCCAGGGUUGGGGGUCCGAUUCCCGCCUCCGCCUUGUGUGUGUGGAGUUUGCAUGUUCUCCCCGUGCCUCGGGGGUUUCCUCCGGGUACUCCGGUUUCCUCCCCCGGUCCAAAGACAUGCAUGGUAGGUUGAUUGGCAUCUCUGUAAAAUUGUCCGUAGUGUGUGAUUGCGUGAGUGAAUGAGAGUGUGUGUGUGUGCCCUGCGAUGGGUUGGCAUUCCGUCCAGGGUGUAUCCUGCCUUGAUGCCCGAUGACGCCUGAGAUAGGCACAGGCUCCCCGUGACCCGAGGUAGUUUGGAUAAGCGGUAGAAGAUGAGUGAGAGUGAGCUAUCUGGGGAAGAUUGAAGUCUCCAUUUGAGAGUGAGUUAAAGAACGAUGCAGGAGGUGGACAGAACCUGUGGGAGAGACAGAGACUGAAUGGGAUGUUUUUAUAUUUAAACUGAACUUUAUGUUGACCAAUUGAUAAUGUGGGGGUGUUUUCUUUGUUUUUUUUUUUUGUUUGUUUUUCUUCUUCCUGAUUUAAUUGUGUAAUUGCAGGUGGCCUUGAAAUACAAGGUUAUCCUUUGAGCAAAGAGGAUGUCUGGGACCUCUGAAUGUACAGUUUUAAUUCUCUUAAAGGAAAACCUGCUCCUGAAACUGCUAUAGCCACUUAUAAAGCCAGUGAGAUGAUUUUAGGAGUUUUUGUUUUUACUGAUUAAAAUGUUUGAUCCUAA